AUGGUGUCAGCGGUAAUUUUGGUCCACAAUGCGACUCCCGACACGAUAAUACAGUUCCAAGAUCAACUAGCCAAUGACUUGCCUAUGAAGAAAGGCAAGUGGAAUUUUACAUUUCGGAUCUUCAAAAACAAUCCAUAUGCAAUCCCUGAAGCAAUUGCCCUUCAAGAAUCACAGAACCCGGAAUCAAAGUUUAUGUACACCUUGUCUCCGUCGUAUAUCCCCGGAAGCACAAUCACCCUAAUAAAUGGGAGGUCUGUGGGUGUUUUCAGCAGCACGAUAAACGAAGAGGCCACGGAAUUAGGAUUGCAAACAGAGUGCAUCCCGGAUGAGCACUUGGAUUUGGGGGCCACCACGGGAUUAAAUGAUCCAUUUGAUUUCUUUGCAAAUCAAAAGUUGCAAAGCUUGUGGACUCAGAAGCAAAUGAUUAAAGGAGAAGGGGGACAGAUUUACGAGUUGGAAAAUGGUAACUUGUGCAUACGGACAUCCAAUGUUUUCCUACAUGGCAGCUUCAACGGGUUGCUUAUCCAAGUUGAAGUAAGCGAAAAGAGCUUCAGCUUGAAGAACGUCUCGAUGGCAGAACUUACUCAACGGAUUUUGAAAAAGUAUGGUGUGGCUGGUGGUAAUGUGUGUAGUGAUACAUUGAACACUCAUACUCAUUCAAAGGAUAAGUACGGGGAUUUGUGUUGGCAGUAUUCGAGAAUCCUUGAUUUCUGA